AUGAUACGGUCUACCCGUCUUUACACUUACACAUACGAGGAAUCACUCACUGACGGACAAGAGGUCGACAACGUGAGCUUUACUGCCUGGCUUUCGGCCUUCUUGAUCCUACUGGAACGCAACCCGUCAGAGUUAGGAAAUCCAAAGCAUUACAAGAUCAAAAGAAAGAGCUCGGAAAGAGUAAAAAAGCUCUACGUGAAGAGAAUGGUGGAAACCAGCGCGCAAACAUCAUUCUCUCGGAAAAUCUCUUUCAACUUCUACUUUACUAAGGCUAGAAAUCGAAGCAGCUUUUCCAUAAGCAGAGUCAGAACCUGA